AGGCGAUCGGAGAGCGACACACAAUUUAAUUAAAGACCGACCAUGGCUCGUCUCGUUUUGCUGCUAGUUUUGCUCGUCGGUGCCGCCCUGGCCAGCGAAUCUUCAAACAAGCCUUCCGAAGUCGAAACGCGAUGCGACCGCGCUCGUUCUUCAAAGUUGACUUUGCUGUCCAACGGCAAGAAGUACUCCUUCCACACAACUUUUAAAAGGUGGAAUGACGCAAAUGAAACGUGCGCCAAUCAGGGCCUUCAUUUGGCCACGAUCAAGAGUCAAAAUGAGGCCGAGCUGGUCGCCGCAGCAGCAGAGAGAAUCGAGGAUACCGGAUUUUGGGUUUCUGUGAAAAACCAAGCAAGCGGAAAUCGGAAGGACUUCCGUUGGCAGGACGGGACGAAAUUGGAGUUGGACAGUCCGUUGUGGUCGGGCGGUGCGGACAAGAAGAAGGACUGCGUUUACAUCUUCAACUGGACCAGGGGCAAAUUGAACGGAUAUUCCUGCACCGAGCGUGCCUACUUCAUUUGCGAACUGCCCAGCGAAUGUUACUUUUCCAAUAAGAAUCGUGAGAAAGAAAUGGUGAAGCUGCGCUUUUGGUUGUUGCUCUUUUGCAUCCUCGCCACCGUCCUGGCCGACGACGACGACUCCCAGCAACAAACCGACCAAUCAACAGAGGCCACAGAAACAGAAAAGCCGCUGGAAGCAAAGGCAAAUGAGGGUAUGGAGAUAAAUUUGAAUAUUACCGACAAGAACCUGCUCGCAUUGAUUAAAAUCAUCGAGAAACGCCACUAUCAAGUGGCGGAGCAAUUUGUAAGUCAAGCUACUCAGACGGGCCAGAAGUUUUUUGAGGUGGAGAGAAACUUUGAUCAACGCUAUAAUCAGGUGGCCAGGGAAAUGAUAGACAGAGCUACCGUGACAAAUAGAAAGUUGAGUGAUUUGGAAAAUCUAAUUGACAAGCGCCUGAAUCAGAUCUUGGAAAAUGACGAGAAAAAGGCAAAGGAAAAUCAAGAGUCGGUGAAGAAAUUCAAUGAAAGGUUUGAUAAGUUGGAGAAACUCAAUGAACAGACCUUAACUCAAGUGAAACAAUUGGAGGAGGAGAGGGGCAAUGACAGGAACAAGCUGGACCAAAUUUCUAAAUCGACGGAGCACCAUUCAAAGUUGUUCGAUCUGACAUUCCCGGAGGCCUCCUGCAAGUUCUCUGCUCAGGCAAACCUGAAGACGCUUUCCAACGGCAAGAAGUACGUCUUCCAUGAGGAUAACAACAACUGGAAUUCUGCAAAAGAGAUUUGCGCCAAUCAGGGUUUGCAGUUGGCCACGGUCAAAGAUAAAAAGGACGCUCAGGUGGUCGCAGCAGCCGGACGAAAUAUCUACGGGGGCGGAUGGUGGGUGGCGGCGACGAACGCGACAAGUGGCGCCGACAAGACUUUCCGCUGGCCCGACGGCACCAAGCUGGAGUUGGACGAUCCGUUGUGGUUCAAAAGCGCGGCCAAGAAGUACGACUGCGUCUACGUCUACAAUUGGGACGACGGCAAAUACGACACCUACCCAUGCACCUAUUAUUUCAAGUUCGUUUGCGAACUGCCCAGCGAAUGCUACUGA